AUGUCCCGCCCUGGAUCUUUUACAUGUAUAUACACCAUUCCACAGACAGGAUAGCACAUACAGGAUGAGAAAUAGCCCAAUGGGCCCACCGAUGGAGAUCAAUCCUGGACUGACCACUAUUUUUUAAUUGAGAAAAGUAAAUUUUUCUUUACUAGUCUCCAAGGCCAGUGGAAAUAUUUCUACUUCUAUACAAUGAUGUGUUAUACCUGUUUUGCAUGAGUGCAUCCACAUUGAUCCUAUAGUCGGGCACGGACUGCUGCAUUAUUAAUGUAUGUGUUAGCAGCUAAAGUACAUGUAUGUCACUCUGACUUUCACCCUCUUUUUCUAAAGCAUGUGUAAAUGCUGACUGGGCAAAAAAAUAAUAUAUAGGUUGUAUGUUGGGAUACAUUUCUCGUAAAACAGAUACGGAAGAUUUUUGCUUACUUAAUAAUAGAUUAACAGAAUGUCUCACAAACAAGGAAUUGCAGUUUUAGGCUUCGGAAGAAUGGGUGGUGUUCAUGUGAAGAACCUGAUGGCAUCUCCCCGAGCCAGCAUCAAAUGGAUCGUCCGAAACAAACUCGAAGAUGCAAAGAAAUUUAUUGAUUCUUUUGGAUUGGCAGCCAGUUGUACAGGUCCAGAUGACCUUGACCCUAUGCUAAAAGAUCCCAGUGUUGAUGCUGUUGUGAUUUGCUCUCCUACUUCAUCUCAUGAAAGCCAAAUUAAGAAAGCUCUUGAGGCAGGAAAAGCUGUGUUUUGUGAGAAGCCAAUAACCAGAGAUCGUGCCACCACCAAACAGUUGUAUGCUCUGGCUAAAAAACACAACAAGCCGUUGUUUUGUGCAUUUCAUAGACGUUUUGACCCGAGUUUCCAGGCUAUGCGUGAGUCUAUACACAGUGGAAAGUUAGGCAAUCUUCGACUGUUGAAGGGCUCGAGCCACGACACAGUGACAUCGCCCCUGUCUUACAUCAAGACUUCAGGUGGUAUUCUGAACGAUUCGACAAUCCAUGAUCUCGACAUGUCUAUGUGGAUGGUGGGGUCGCGACCCGAAAUCAUCUCCGUCCAUGGAAAUGCCUUCAACUCCGGCAUCCGAGACUGUGGGGACUGCGACCUCGUUGUCGUCACCAUUAAGUACCAGAACGGAGUCAUCUCCGUCAUCGACAACGGUCGUCAGGCAACCUUCGGCUACAUUCAGAAUAUGGAGGCAGUGUGUGAUAAAGGGUGUUUAAAAGUGACGAACAGAGAGACGUCGUACCUUCAUAAAUACAGCCUGGAUAUGCUAAAGUCUCCCAACAUCGACUAUGACUUUGUGACUCGAUACCCAGAGGCCUACCACAAUGAGAUGGAGCACUUCCUCAAUGUGUUGCAGGGAAAAGCUCAACUGGGAAUAACGGAGGAGGACACUCUGAGGGCCAUGGCUUUGGUUGAGGCCGGCAACGCGUCACUGAAAUCGGGAAAACCGGUCAUUGUUGAUGAGUACGACAGAGCUUAACUUUUACACUGUUGUAGUGUUACUUUGUUUUAUGAUGCUUUAUUUAGUAUUGUAUUUCUGCACUGUUACUGUUGUAUUAUUAUCGUGUUACUUUAUUGAUGAACUACAGCAUAAUGGAAUCACCAUUUGCACGUAAAUGGUUGAUUUAGAAAUGAUAUCUUCAAGUUACUACAUAAAAUAUUGAUGACUGGUUUUCUGUAGCAAAGUACAUGUUUGUGACUAGUACACAUGUCUAACUUUCUUCAAGUUCCUACGUGAAAUAUUGAUAACAUUCUGUGAUUCUCGGUAACAAAGUAUGUGACUUGUAUAACUAUUUUCAAGUUAAUUCAUGAAAUAUUGAUAAACUUCUGUGAUUAUCGGUAAUGAAGUAUGUGAGUAGUAUAACUAUUUUCAAGUUACUUCAUGAAAUAUUGAUAAUAACAUUCUGUGAUUUUUGGUAACUAUUUUCAAGUUACUAUGUGAAAUAUUGAUAAUAAAGUUUUGUGAUUAUCAGUAAUGAAGUACAAAUGUAUGUGACUAGUAUAACUAUUUUCAAGUUACUACACAAAAUAUUAAUAAAGUUCUGUGAUUUUUGGUAACGAAGUACGUGACAAGUAUAACUAUUUUCAAGUUACUUCAUAAAAUAUUGAUAAUAACAUUCUGUGAUUUUUGGUAACAAAGUAUUUGACUAGUAUAACUAUUUUCAAGUUACUUCAUGAAAUAUUGAUAAUAACAUUCUGUGAUUUUUUUAACGGAGUAUGUGACUUGUAUAACUAUUUUCAAGUUACUUCAUGAAAUAUUGAUAAUAACAUUCUGUGAUUUUUUUAACGGAGUAUGUGACUUGUAUAACUAUUUUCAAGUUACUUCAUGAAAUAUUAAUAAAGUUCUGUGAUUUUUGGUAACGAAGUACGUGACAAGUAUAACUAUUUUCAAGUUACUUCAUGAAAUAUUAAUAAAGUUCUGUGAUUUUUGGUAACGAAGUAUGUGACAAGUAUAACUAUUUUCAAGUUACUUCAUGAAAUAUUAAUAAAGUUCUGUGAUUUUUGGUAACGAAGUACGUGACAAGUAUAACUAUUUUCAAGUUACUACACAAAAUAGUGAUAAAGUUCUCAAAUUUUCUGCAACAAAGUAUGUGACAUGUAUAACAAUUUAUCAUCCACAUUCACUUUAACUGCUCACAAUAUUUUUGGCAAUUACCAGUAGAUAUGACAGAAUUGCUCUGUAUUGGACAGUAAUUUGAGAAAUUAUUAGUUAGUGGGAGGUAGGGAUUCAUGUUCAGGCACCGGUGGGGGGGGGGGGGGGGGGGGGGGGGGGGGGGGGGGGGGGGGGGGGAGGUGUUGGAUAGACAACCACAUCCAAAUAAUUACUAAUGUAAUACUGUAAAACUGUAGUGAUAUUACUGGUGUGAUACUAGUGUAUAAUUGUAAUACUGCUUCAUACAUUUUAUAUUUAUAAUAUUUAACGAUUAUUUUGCUUAAAAAGUAUUAAAAGAUGUUUCAUAUCAAA